AUGGCUGGAAUUACGAGCACCUCCAACCAGGGUGCGAAUGGGAGCACUAGCUCGCCAUUUCGCAAGCCCUUGUUCGUCGCUGAGCCUCCACUCGGCGAAGAUGGCCGACCUAUCAUUCAGAAAGUUCUAAUCGCCAACCGCGGCGAAAUUGCCUGUCGCAUUAUUCAGACUUGCCGAAAGCUGAACAUAUUGUCGGUCGCUGUCUACGUUGACGAGGACUCAACUUCACGCCAUGUUCGCGAUGCAGAUGAAGCUAUCAAUAUUGGUAGCAUUGACACAAGCGAUCGGAACCCAUUCCUCAAUACUGAACUCCUGGUUCGAACGGCCGUUACUAUUGGCGCGAAUGCUAUUCAUCCCGGAUAUGGGUAUCUCAGUGAAAAUGCCGACUUCGCCAACAGCGUCCGAGAGGCUGGACUGAUUUUCAUUGGGCCAAGCGCGAGCGCUAUGUCUACCCUGGGUGAUAAACGAUCUUCAAAAGCAUAUCUAGGAGAGCAUGCACCAGAUGUCCCUCUGAUUCCUGGUUUUGCCGGAUCGAGUCAAGACGCCGAAGCAUUGAAGCGAGUUGCAGAGGAGAUUGGAUUCCCGGUCAUGCUCAAGGCAUCUGCUGGAGGCGGCGGCAAGGGUAUGCGUAUCGUACGCGAAUCGAGCCAGUUGAAGGAUGAGCUUGAACGAGCUCAGUCAGAAGCACAGCGCUCAUUCGGCUCAAGCGACUGUAUCCUGGAAAAAUAUAUUGAAAGCAGCAAACACGUGGAAAUUCAGAUCAUGGGUGAUUCGCAUGGUGAAGUGGUUUCCUUCUUUGAUCGCGACUGCUCCGUACAAAGGCGUCAUCAGAAGGUGAUUGAAGAAACUCCCUGUCCAUUUUUGACAGACGAGACACGCCAGAAAAUGAGCGCGACCGCUGUCCGCAUUGCAAAGCUCAUUGGAUACGAGAGUGCUGGUACUGUCGAAUUCGUCGUUGAUGUCAAGACUGGGCGCUUUUACUUCCUUGAAGUCAACGCGCGACUACAAGUUGAGCAUCCUAUCACGGAAGAGGUGACCGGAGUCGAUCUUGUCUCUCUGCAGCUUUUCGUCGCAGCGGGUGGGCGACUUCAAAGUCUCCCUGCUGUCCAGGAUGUGACCCAGGUCGGGCACGCAAUUGAAUGUCGCUUGUGUGCUGAGGACCCAGAGAAGAACUUCUUUCCUGAACAUGGCAAAGUUCAUUUGUGGCUUCCGGGAACUGGUGAUCUUGCACCUAGCCGGGAUGUUCGAUAUGAGACUGCCAUCGAAUCUGGGUCCUCGGUAUCCAUUUAUUUCGAUUCCAUGAUCGCCAAGAUCGUUGUAUGGGCACCGUCAAGAGCACUGGCCAUGGAAAAGAUGGCCAAAGUUCUUGCACACACAGCUUGUGUUGGUGUCAAGACAAACCAGCUGUUCAUGCAGGCUUGCCUACUAAACAAGGGCUUCCGUGAUCCUGCAUACACUACCUCCUUUAUUCCGACCCACAUUGAUGAGCUUCUUCGGUCGCCUUGGAGCCAAAGUCUCCCAGAGGCAGAGAAAGUCCUCUCAGUUAUUCCCAGCAUGAUAGCUCGGAGAUUACCUGAAUACAUACCAUCCACCUCACACCGCAAGCCAUUUGGAAAUAUCCGCAAGCAAUUCCGCAAUCAGAGAUCCGAUCCUGUCAGCAUUCAAUGUGACAUUGUGACAAGACUCAGCUGGCCUCAAACAGCAUCUAGUAAGGGGGACGGUCCAUCAAAGUUCAUGUGUGUAUGGAAGGCUCAAGAUACAGCUUCAUCAUCCGGGCGUGAGGAAGCAUACUUGUUCCCAGUUCCAGACGCAGCUGAAAGCCAGGAGAAAGCAAAUUCAGCAGCGAUGAAAGUUUCCGCUCAAUAUAACAGUAUCAGUCAAGCACUGAGAACUAGAGAUGUCCUGUCGGAUAGGCCGCAUAGGGUCAAGAUUGAAUCAUGGCGACCUGCUGAAGGGAAUCCUGCCUUGACUGGGUCGUGGCUUGCAUCAACAUUGGAGCUCUCAAUAAACGGAGCAAAAAUCCUCGCACAUGUGGCUUUACCAUCCGUUCAUCCUUAUGCUUUAGCGGGUCAGACCGACCGCAGCCAGAGGGUCUUCUGCCAUCUCCCAUCACUUGGAACUCACGUUGAGUUCAAACGUGAUACUUUAUUGUCCUUCGCUGAAAGCACCCGGGCAAUGGUUAAGGAGAAGGAUGGACCUGAGCAAAAGACAGUCACGGCACCGAUGCCUUGCAAAGUCUUGUCCGUUUUGAAGAGUAAUGGCGAUGAGGUCAAGUCUGGAGAGACGGUGAUGGUAAUUGAAAGUAUGAAGAUGGAGGUUAGUAUUGCUGUCGCCGCAUCAGGCAAGUUCGAAUCAGAAUGGAAGACGGGAGAUGCUGUAGAAGAGGGAAGAGUUCUAUGCUCAGUUAUUUAG